AGUCCGCCAUGGCGCCGCAGCUGGGCUUGGCGCUCGUUACCGUGGCGGCAGCCUCCGCGGCCCUGGGGUUCAGCGUGCAGCGCUUGGACUCGUCGGAGUCGGCGGGCCUCGCCCUCCACAGACCGCCCCCGGUCAGCAACGCCGUCCACCUGCGCUUCCGCGAGACGCCCCUCUGGCUCGCCUGCCAGAUGCGGGACUCCCCCGCCGACAGGUUCGUCCACCACGCGGCCGCUGCCGACGACGACAACGACACUUCCUCUCUGCCGGACGUCGUUUUCAGAGCCUUCGAUACUGGCACCAGGUACGAAUGCGCGUUCGAGGCGAGCGAGGCGCAGCGGGCGGAGCUGCGGCAGCGCGAGAUGCUGCGCGUCGGCGUCGGCAUCGUGAUGAUGAAGUACGAGGACGAGAAGUGGUUCUCGGGCGACCUGCCACCGUUCGACUGCACGACGCGGCGCAGCGCGAUGCCGCGCUGGCUGUUCGACCUGGAGGUGCGCCGGCCGCCCGCCGCAGAGGCGGAGGCGGCGCUCUGCGCCUGGAAGAGGCACUACCCGCGCGGCUGGCGCGGGCUGGACGCGCUCGCGCCCCUCGCCGUCGACUUCCCGGACCUGCCGACCGUCGCCUGCGCCAUGGCUCCGCCCGAAGACUUCUCGGCCGGCACCGCCGCCUUCACUCUGCCCGGCCUCGCCGACCCGCCCUUCGUCUGCGUCUUCCGCACCUACCGGGACUUCCCCGGGCUCGUCGAGACGCAGCAGCAGCGACAGCUGGACGAUCUGCAGCGCCGGCUGCGCGCCUCUCAGGAGCCCCAGGGAAACCACGCGGUCCGCUGUGAGCGGGCAGACAAUGGCGAACCGUCCUCUCUCUCCAGCAAGGCCAAGAGGGUGACUUUCGUGGUACGCGCCGCCGGUGGCUACACCGCUCGAUGCAGAUUCCGGGUGUCAAAGGAUGCAUUUUCUAAAUGAUUCUACGAAGCUGUCAUCAUCGUAGUGUGAGCAGGAAGGAACUGACAGAUGAAAACAUACCGAAGAGGACAACUAGGAUUCUGUGUCAUGAAUCCGCUCUUCUGCUGGAGUGCGAAGCGUUCCUAAAGUGAAAAAUAUACUUUUCCCGUCUACCACAGUUGUGUCUCUUAUAUUUGUAGCCCUACUGGCAUCUAACAGCGUUCUUUGGUUCCAGUCAUCAGAGGAACAUACCAUAAAGAUGACAGAGAAAGAAAGGAAAAUGAAAUCUGAGUUCCCAGUCUAGCAACAUGGCAUGGGACUGGAAAUGUAUAAUUUUCUUUACUGUGAGAGAUACCUUCCCGCGCCCGCUGCUGCAGCUGCAAAAAUAAUUACCUUCUGUUCACAGAAAUGCUUGUUACUUCAAUAAAGGAAUUGGAAUAAUUAAUGAA